UGUUUUGCCAGAUGGUUUAAGUGCCACAAUGACUCAGGAUGUUGAUGGUUCAGAGUAUUGUACAGAGGUAGUUUGGCUACUGUGUAUGUAUAUAUAUAUACCUGUUUGUGUCAGGAACUUCGUUAAUUUUUUUGUCUCCGGUUUUCUGUUAAAUGAUAGUAGUUGAUUGCACUAGAUGCCUAUGGCAUAUGCAUAUGAAUCUGAUCUGCAUCACCUUGAAGACAGCUGGAGACAUCAGAGAAAGCCAACUCAGAUGAAGACUAAAUAAAAGUGAAAAUGCUGAGACCUCUCAUGGAUGUGUAACACUACAUCCCAGCAUAUACUCCUCCGACCUAUCUCUAUUUUGCCUUGGAUGAUUCCAGUCCUGCAAUUUUGGGUUGAAAUCUUCAGUGGUAUAAGUUGCAAAGGUUCUGUGACAGCAAUAGAAGAUGAGUGCUUACCUGCUUCUGUGAUCCUGAUGUAUACCUUAUUUCUGUCAGAUAUCGGUGUAAACCAUAUAUAAAUGAGCUAAGCCAGCUUCAGGGAGGUAUCUGAAUUGCUUACGACUGGAUACAACAGAGGCUUUCUUUGGUAAAUUUUCCUUUACCUAUAGGAAUUACAGGUUGUUUUCACUCUACCUACCCAGGUUCUAGGUGAUUCUGUGUCAGGUGUCGAAUUUGAGAUUUACUCAGACACCCAAAAAAAGUGGAGCGAUGUGUGAAAAUUUGUGCCUACACCUUUUCCCUAUCUUUCUCCUCUUUGCUAAAACUGCCUGUUAGGCUAGUAGAAAUUGCAGAGAUGUGAUGGCAAAUGUCAUAUACAGACCUAGAUAGAUACAUAACAUAUGCCUUUAGAGACUAGAUUCAAAGUACUAGUUCUUUCGAUGUCAACCCACAAGCAGCUGCCUGUUUGCAGUCACCUUGGGCACUGACUCAAACCAAUGUCCCUAACUGGAAGGCUUCAUCACCCAGAGCUGGUCUUGUUGAAGAACGUCAUGAGAGGUAAGGCUGUCACCAGUAGGGAUGCUAAUUUUAUAAUUCAAUAAUGUAAAUACAUCUUUUUGUGAGCUGAGUACAUAUGAACAUACUAUUUUGGUGAAGUAGAGCAUGUUAAUGCUGUUCCAGAUAUUAUAAUUGGAACAAGUAUUUUAGUUAUUGGCACAGAUAUAUAACAGGACCAUGACUGAUCCCAAAUAUUAGCACAGGUGAAGUGCAAUGUGCCAAAAUCGAACCUGCAGUCUCACAGCAUAAUGCUGAAGUACCAAGACCAAAGUUGGCAAGAUGCUCAUCAGGUGUUGGCUUUGAAAUAAACUUUCAUUCCUUAUUGCUGUUGUACAGAGGUUAUUGCUGUGUUGCAGUGAGAAGAUGAACCGCACUGUGGGCUGUGUUUUCUGCAUGCUUGUUAGAACAUUCCUAAUCUAUUCGUGUACAGGCUACCUCAAGAAAACAUUUGUAAAUCAUCAUCAGCAGAUGGGAGUUUUCACCAGAUAAGUGUUGCACACAUAAGAGUAUGUAAAGUUGAAAAUCACAGGAUAUAAGACUUUAAUGUUCUUGUAUGCUUUCAUGCUAAACAAGAGAGGAUCAAUAGACACCACAGUGUUUACAAAUACAGCAGUCUCAGUGUAAAAUCAGCAGGAUCCGGUAUGCUUUUGAGAGGGCUGUUGGCUGUAGUUUCAUGAAAGAGAGGGGAACAUGAUGCCAUCUUUAACAAUGGAAGAGAUGGAAAGACAAAGGGCUUAACUCCCCAUUUACUUUCAAAGGCCUCCAGGCAUUGUCUUGUUGUGUGAUCCUAGCUGAACAGAUGAAGGACAAAAUGGACAAUUCUGAUAGCAGAGACCUUUCCCUGGAACUGCUUGCAUAAUUUCUGAGACUUUAAUGCCUCUGGAAGAUGUUUUCUAGUAUAAUUGCUUUUACAGCAAGGGUUUGUUUUGCACAGUUUCUCAAUUUGAAAUGUGCUAAAAAGAAAGCUUCAUGUCCCCAGUUUCUAUAUUGACAACAUAGAUGUAUGUAUCAUCUUAGCUGGAAUAUAAUGGUUUAUAAUUCCUUAUUUAUUUCCAAGGCAAUGGCUCCAAAUGUCUACAUAUACAAAAAGCAGGUUAUAAGAGUUCAUCAUCUAUCUCACUCACCCACUCCCUGUGUACUUCCACAUUUUAGUAUGUGUCCUGUGGGUGUGCAAAUAUUUGAUUGCUUCUUCAGUGCACUUUAAUCAAGCACCACUAAUUUCCAUCACAGCAACAUAGAUCUAGAGCUGCUGAGGAUCUGACUGUAUGCAUCAGCUUCUUUUUUGGCAUGUGAAUUAGAUUAGCAUGAUCUGUUAGUAAAUUGGUUCGCCUCUGGUUAGGCCAGCGCAGGUCUUGCUUCCCUGGCUGAAAACUUGUCUCUAAAUUUGCUGACGUGCUCUGUCAAAGAAAGGCAAGUUGGGAAUUCCACAGUUGCUGUUUAUUGAGCCAGUAACUAUGGCCUACCUUGUUGUAAAAGGAUGAAAUGCAGAAAUAUUUGACAUCUCUUUUAUAUGUUUUGCUCUGUGGAUAAGGUUCUUUUAAACAAUGUUUAUUAUGCUGCACUAUGACCUAGCAAUGUUAAAAAAAAAAGAAGUGUUGCCUGCAUUUGGAUGAAUUCUGUCUCUCUGAGAUGUGAAGCUAGUUAUUGAAAUAUAUGAAAUUAUAUUUUACAAAUAUAUGGUCUAGCCAGAGAUUUACGUAACAAAGGUUGCAAAAUAAUCACGUGCCUUAAAUUGUCACUCUUUGGAGUGCUGUUGUUUGGAGAUUUAUGUGUGUACUUUCCAAAAAGUGUCAACUUACUGCAUAUAUUUUUAAACAAGUCAAGUUGUUCUGCUAAUUUGUCUUUAUAGAAAUGUUUUAAUAGUAUAUCAUAAUGAGAAGUUUGGCAAUAAAUUGUAUCACUUUCGUGGAAUCGCACUGCUUUGGCAAAUGAUUUAGAAAAUCAUUUAUUUAGUACAUUUAGAGAAGACUGUGCAUACAAGACUUCUGAGAAGUUUGUAUUCCUGCUCCCAGAUCAGGGUUAAAAAAAGGAUAAUAGUGUGCGGCUGAUAAUUCAUAGUCGUGGUUUAACCCUGGCCAGCAACCAAGCACCACACAGCUGCUCGCUCACUCCCCCCACCCAGAGGGAUGGGGGAAAAAAUGGAAAGGGAUGUAAAACUCAAGGGUUGAGAUAAGAACAAUUUAAUAGGUAAAGCAAAAGCCACGCACGCAAGUAAAGCAAAGCAAGGAAUUCAUUCACCACAUACCAUGGGCAGGCAGGUGUUAGGCCAUCCCCAGGAAAGCCAGGCUCCAUCACAUGUAAGGGUUACUCGGGAAGACAAAUGCCGUAACCCCCCUUUCCUUCUUCUUCCCCCAGUUUAUAUACUCAGCAUGAUAUCAUAUGGUAUGGAAUACCUCUUUGGCUAGCUUGGGUCACCAGUCCUGGCUGUGCACUCUCCCAGUGUCCUGUGCCCCCCCAGCCCUCUGGCUGGCAGGGCCCAAGGAACCGAAAAGUCCUUGACUUAGUAUAAACAUCACCCAGCAACAACCAAAGCCAUCAGUGUGCUAUCAACAGUGGUCUCACACCAAAUCCAAAGCACAGCAGUGCACCAGCUACUAAGAAGAAAAUUAACUCUAUCCCAGCUGAAACUAGGAUAUUCAUGACAUUUAUAAAAUGAAAAUAAUUAAAAGCAGCAACAGAAGCUGCUGAAGAUGAGUCUCUGACAAGCGUGACACUUUUCUGUUGUUUUAGCCUUGCUGCAGUCCAUGACAGAAUUCCCAUGGACCUUAUAAACCAGUAUUUCCAUCCUUAGAACAGGUGUCCAUAUUUUGUCGACACAUAGAUACUAUCACUACACCAUUAUUUAAACUUCACAUACAUGAUGGAUGAUACAUAGCGUCUUAUGUAUAAAGCAUCUCAGACGGCAAACUCUGCCAUGCGCAGAGCGGCGUUCGCUGCUGCCGCCGCCCGAUGAAUGAAAGUCGGUACUGCAGCCCUGGCGCGCGCAUGCGCAGUGGCGCCUCCCCCUCGGCACUGCUGGCCGUUAGUACCGGCAUCGCGAUCCCGCGCUGGCCUGCGGGGUGGUGCCGCGGCGCCUGCUGCUGCCUCCGGUAAGGAGCCGCCGCUGCCGUCCCCCGAGCACGCUGCCAGCGCUCGCUCCGCACGGGAGUACCGAACUGCAGCGCCGCUGCAGCCCUGGGACAAACGCAGCCUGCGGGUGCUCGCUGCUGCAACAGCCCCGCCGCUAGCGAGAAGCCCCACAACCUGGAGACCGCGGGGCUGCGGAGCGGCUGCCCCCCUCUACGGUUUCAAUUCCCUCUCGCUUGGCAACGACACGGUUCUGCCCUUGCAGGCCUCAAAGCUGCAUGCCUCUGCGCUGGGCCGCUUCUGCGCAUGCGGGGCUCGAGCCCCCUACGCGAAGGCGUCAGGCCAGUUCUGCGCAUGCGCUGCCCUUAGGUUGCCAGUAACGCUACUGCGCAUCCGCCAUGAAGGGAGUAACAGCGGGCCUGCAGAGAGGGCCUCGGGGGUAACAGUGGGUCAAAAAAUGGACAUGAGCCAGCAACCUGUGCUCGUAGGGCAGAAAGCUGACCAUAUCCUGGGCUGCAUCCAACGAAAGCAUGACCAGCACGUCAAGGGAAAGACUGCCAACAUUGGAGGCAAGGUUAAUGGCAAACUUUCUUCAUUGCUCUUCUACCUCUGGACAACAUCUCGCUCACCAGAAAAAACAAUUGUCUGUCUCUGUUCCAUGUUGUGCUGGACAAAAAAAGUUGAAGGCUGGAAUCGUGAAUCCCUCAAGAUGGAAACAUCUCUGGGGAAGGAUGCAACUUGACAGAUGUGACAAACUAAGUUACUACAGAGACAAUAAUAGCAAAGGAUAAUCCAGAACCUGUGGACUAUCACGAAUCCAUUCUUACACAAGUUUGCAGGUAGAAGCAAUGAGAAACACCGAAUGACACCCGUCAUUUGUGUGAGUGAUAGGUGUCUGGUCUUUGCUCCCAUAAGGAUGCAAAGCCUGCAGCAGAAGCGAGAAGGCAAAGCCAUAACCGGGUUUUAUUCCGAGACAGCUCACAGAACAGUGAAAUAAUUUACACAGCUCCACUCUGGACACCAAGUAAUCCCAGAAAAGGUUCUGUUUGCUAAGAUACAAUCUUUGUUCUACUGCCCUUAAACAGGCACGCAGACAAAACAGACAACCUAACUGUGCACGCUCUUAACAAUCAUGAGUGCAGCACAGGCAUACUAAAACACAACAGCUCUCACCAUUCUCUGAACAGGUGCCCAAGAGGAUUUCACUGCACGGACCUUCAUAGACAUUUUGGAAAAAACCCUCCAACAUGUAUGCCACAUUAACUGUACUGAUUCAAGCACUAAGAAGAUGUAAA